ACGUACAUAAAAUAAAAAGGAAUCCUGCUAAGUUUCGUGAAUUUGGCACACAUAUAUGCUCUCUCUUUGCUAUAAAUUGACAAGAUAGGGUGUAUAAAACAUGAUUAUUGUAAAGAGAGAAGUAUAUAACUAUAAUGGAGUCAGAACUUGAAGUACCUGAACAUAAGCAUCCACUAAAACUCAUUGAUUUGCAGCUACAAUAUGAAGAAGAGGAAGAAGAAGAUGAGGAUGGUUAUCUCAUUAUGAAAGAUGGCUUUCAUGGCGUCACAUGUAGAAGGUGUGAGGAAGAAAUCCAUGUGUACCAUAGGUACUACUACACAUGUUGUUCAUCAUCAUGUGAUGAUAAGAAGGUCUUCUCACUUCACAAAUUCUGUGCUGAGCUCUCCAUAAGGUUAGACCACGCAUCACACCCACAACAUACUCUUUACCUGUAUCCAUAUUCAAAUUCAUUUUCAUAUUUAUAUAGAUAUGCAUAUUAUGAUUUGAUAUGCAAACUUUGUAAGAGAGAGCACGAACCUGGAGCACGGUUUUACCGAUGUAAUAAAUGUUAUUUCUGCAUUGAUCUCAAGUGUGCGUUAGAAGUAGGAAAAAAUGUCAUCCAUCAUCCUUGCCACCCUCACCUUCUAAUGUCCGCUAUCCUUAAGCCAAUUUCAUGCGAGUGUAGUGCUUGUGGGAAGGAACAUAAAGGCAUCUUCUAUCAAUAUACCAUUUGUACUAACUUCGCCAUACAUAGUGAAUGUGCUUUCCUACCAGAAAGUUUGCUAAUCCAAGAGAGAACACAUGAUGCUUUUUAUCAUCCUCAUCCACUCACCGUUGCAUAUUCAUUCCCACAGAUAGAUCAACAAGCUAAACAUGACCCUAGAUGCAGAGUGUGUAGACAUGACUUUGUAGGUAAGGAGGAUCAUUGGAUUUACAAAUGCGAUAAAUGUCUUUACUAUGUCCAUCUGGAUUGUGCAAUUAGUUUGCCGCCUCUUGCUGGCUUUGGCAACACCAUUAAAAAUUAUGAAGAUGUUGACCAUCCUGGUCUUCUCCAUCUCCCGUUCCCAGAUGAAACAUACAGCCUACCAAAACACUACUUGUUUUUCCAACAAUCAAGUACUACUGAUCCUCCUCCUCAUCAUCACCACCUAAUACACGAUAGUCAUCAACACCCUUUGAUUCUUGUUGAUGGUGAGACACAAAUUGAUACUGAAUGUCAAACCUCCUUAAAGGUUAAUCUUUCAUCAUCAAUGUGUCAUGACCCGAUGAAAAAGACCCAACUGUUAUGCAAUGGAUGUCUCAGACCAAUCAUGUCCACCAUGCCUUUUUACAUUUGUGCUAAUGAUGAUGAGAUUCAGAUUCAGGGGGUUUAUAAUAACUUUUCUCUCCAUGAGUGGUGCACUCGACUGCCCCCAAAAGUACAAAACCACCUUGGUCACCCACAACAUACCCUCAAUCUCAUCUGCUCAAACAUCCCUGGUUGCCUUUUCGGUUUGUUCAGGUGUAACUUUUGUGAUCUACCUUGCAACGGAUUUGCGUAUCGUUGUUUCAAAUGCGAAUAUUUUGUUGAUGUUACUUGUGGGCUUAUACCUAGAGAAAUUACACACAAAGCUCACCCGAAUCGCCUUCUUUCAAUAGUUCAAGUAAAAGAUGGGUAUACUUCUUGUCUUAUGUGUCUCAAAUAUACUCAAGGUCGCCAUUCAUUCCAUUGCAACACAUGCAAUAUCUAUAUACAUCCGGAUUGUGCUUUGUUACUAUCCGAGACAAUCAGGCACAAGUAUGACAAGAACCAUCCCAUGAAGCUAAGUUACCUCCCGAUUGAGAACCACAAGAGUGAAUACUUUUGUGAAAUUUGUGAGGAGGAUUUGAACCCCCAUGCAUCUUUCUAUCAUUGUAAAGAUUGUGCAUUGUUUGUACAUACUAUUUGUGCUCCGUUAAUUCUUCAAUGCGAGACACACACUUAUAACAGGUCUAUGAGAAGUACUCAUCUUUUCAUGAAUAUAAAGUUUGGAGGCAUUUAUAAGACUAAUAGUCACCCACACCCUUUCUCAUUUGCUCAAGGUAUUGUGUUGGAUGGCUACUGUUGUAUAUGUCAUGAGCAAUUACAAUAUAAAAUGAUCUUUAAAUGCCUCGAGUGUAAAUUUGCAUAUGAUCACAUAUGCUGUGAGCGUUUUCUUUUUGGCAAUAGUUUAGCUCAUCCUAAUCUGCUGUGAGUGUUUUUGUUUUUGCAAUCGUUUUGCUCUACUCAUCCCUUGUAAAUCAAAUAUCUAUUUAUUAAUAACUUAAUCACACUAGUUUACCAA